CGGCUAUAUAAGCGCCCCACCAACGCCAUCAGAGUCGCAAACGUAGCCAAACUCUGCAGCAGCUCGGUUCCAGCCAUGCUCUGGAUGGCCACAUUGCUAGCGGCGCUGGCGCUGCGCUGCGUCAUCAGCAGCAAUCGGUUUGUUGCCUACGACGAGCUGACUGCCCCAAUGCUCGCCCGCAGCAUGCCUAAGCGCUGCAGUCGUCUGCUCGGCGUCCAAGAGUGCGGCGGCAGCAGCGACAGCGGCAGAGACGGCAACGAGCUGUCAGUUGAUGCAGUCGAAACGGAAGCUGAUCAGAGCACUUCCAAGAUGUUGAAUGCGCUCUUUGGCCGCCCAGGCAGCGCGGAAACUGUACCGCCCACCACACGUCCAACGGAGGCGGCACUGUCGCCCCACCAGCUGCCGCCGAUGUACUAUAAUGAUUUCUACGAGGAUUUGCUGACCAGCAAACGUAAUGAUGCACACGCCGCCGGCUGCGAUUGCAAAGUUAUGAACGAUCUCAUUGACUUGGGCAGCACAUCGUUUCCACGCUAUCUGAUGAGCGCCAUUUGCGAGUCCCGUCCAGCUCAGGAUGCCAAGUGCAUGCACGGCUCCAACUGCAAGCCGCUCGAGUAUAAGGUGAAAGUCCUAACACUGGGCCCAGAUCAGAUGACAUCAAAGGCGGCCUCCUCAUCGGCGCGUUUGUGGAUGCCCGAGGAGCUGACACAGCUCUGGCAAUGGCAAUUCAAGACGGUGACCGUCACUGCGGGUUGCUUCUGCACCAACUAGCUAAAUGAAUGACUUUUAUGAUGAUACAUAUAUGAAAUAUAAUAUUUAAACGAUUGCACAAGA